AUGGUUCGAGAUCGAGUAGUAAUCGGUUGUUAUUCGCAAAAAGUACGAGAGAAAUUAAUACAAGAAGGAUCUGGACUAACCUUAGAAAAAGCAGUUGAUAUUGCUGGAACACAAGAAAUGUCAAACACCCAGCUUCAAAGUAUGGCACCUGAAGAUAACAAUGUACACAGCCUCAGAGACGAACGAGAGAGAAAACUUCCAUAUAAAUAUGACAAACGACAAAAAGGCCCAAACACCAGAGACGGGUAUACUUAUAAACAACACUGCAGCAAAUGUGGUAUAAAACAUGACCAAAAUAAAUGUCCAGCUGAAGGAAAGACAUGUACAAAAUGCAAAAAGCUUAAAAAUUAACCAUUUUGCAAGAAUGUGCAAAUCGAAGUUCAAAGUCAAGGAAAGAAAAAGGCAAGAACAUGGAGUUGAAGAAGAGGAGUCUGAAGAGAGUGACAGUGAACUAUAUGUUGGUUCUGUGGGAAUUACAGAUGUCAUAAGCAAGAAUGAAUGGUAUGAAGAUGUAAAAAUUGCGGAAAAAAAACAAUAA